CGCGGUGUUAAAUUGUCCGCCUUUGUUCGAAACCUCUCUGCGUCUUUCCGUGUUCAACAACUCCACAAGGACACAACAAUGCCCAAUCAGAGGCUUUGUUCUUGACAUGUGCAUAAUAUAAGGGCAUUAUUCGAGACCAGCCCGAAAGACAUGGCCAUCUUCAAGAUCGUUUGAUCUCCUACCCACCGGGCGGACCACAAAACUCAUCACUGACACGACUGUCAAGCUUUGGUCUCCGUCAUGUUCAGUAUGUCCCCCCCAAGAAACCUGUCUCGUGAUGUGCAGCGUCUGACAAACCCGUCGCAGUCCUGGCUCGGCCAGCUCCUCGGCCUGGAAGAAGACGAAGCGGAAGAAUAUUACGAAGAGGAAGACGACGCCGUCAACACGGCGGCCGCUAGCACCAUGGGGUUCGUGUUCAACAUUGAAAACGUCGCCAUGCGCAACGGGGACGUGCCGCCAGAGGUUGCCGGCGUCAUCGGCUCUCUCGUGCGGCGCGGCAUUCCCGUCGCCUACGUCACGAACGCCUCCGCCGACGGCGGCUUCGGCGACGUGGGCCAGAAGGAGGCGCUGGUGGCUCGCAUGCUCGACCACGCCGUCCCCGUGUCCGACUACCAGGUGUGCAUGCGCCACGCGCCUUUCCGGUAUCUCGUCAAGACCUUGCACCUGGGCGACAGGAACGUGCUGAUGGUUGGCGGCCACGGCGCGCAGGGAGUGCAUAGGCUUGCGGCGGCGUGCGGCUUUGGCAAGGCUUGGACGCCCGUGACUUUUCGAGGUGCCAGUGCCGUCCAGAUUGCUGCCAUCGUCGUUCUGAGCGCCCCUGGUGAUCCGUCGGGCGACCUGGAGUUGGUCGGGAGCAUCCUGGCGUCCAGCCCCGAGACGCGUUUGUAUGUCUGCAACGAGGACUUUGAACGGGCCACAAACUUUCAGUUCCCAGCUAUCAACUACUCUGCGUUCAUGAAAAUGCUCGCGGACUACUGGCGCGCCAGACACGGUGCAUCUCGCUGACUAACAGCAUUGGCGAGGCAGUUUCCUCCCGCGGACAAAUACGGCGUGUCCAUGUAUGCGUCUCUCGAAGCGAGGCUCGACCACGUCAACAGGCUGGGCUACGCGUACGACCCUCUCCUGCCGGACCACGGCUUCCCACACACGCUGCGCACCCUGCUCCACUUGCAAACCAUAUACCUGGUUACUGACAACGUCCAGCGGGACAUGCCAAGCCUGGAACGACACCUGUCCUCGCCGCAGCG